AUGUCUCAUAUUCGUAUGCGAAACACCCUGACGCGGUCCGCCCCAAUUCUGCGUGCAAGGUUCUAUAGGACGUCGCCACCAUGCCUCCGUCCUUCGGACGGCCGUGACCCUUCGUUGUCCCAAGGCCACGCAGCAAUAGGAGACAACAAGAGUCCGCAGGAUGUGCACAGCGAGAGCGCGAAGUCCGGGAAAGCGGCCAACUCCAGCAGCCCGAUGGACGCGGCAUCCCCUAACCGCCAAGCUCAAGCCCAGCGUGACGACACAAGCGGGAACAAGGAGGGAGUAGGCUUUGCCGAGCAGGUGGGAGGCGCCUCCGCUGCAGGUUCAGGCGCCAGUCGCAAGGGAAGCGAGGAGGAGGCUCAAGCGCCCGGUGUGUGGAGCAGCAUCAAGCAGGGCUUAGGAUUGGGAACCGGCUCGGGCGACGUUAAACAGAAUCAGGAAAGUAUCCAGUCCCGUGGCGGCGGGAGAGGAGUGACAGGCACUGGAACGGCAAGAAAGUUCAGCACUAGCGCUGUUGGUCGGAGCCUAGACACUGCUGCGCGUACUCUGGGCGCUACUGACCGCCAGAGUGCUCGAGUUCUGCCUAGCGAACAAACCUCGUGGCGUACUCUUCAUACAAGUGCGCGGAUUGCCGAAGCCAAACACAACGCAGACUCGUACCUCAAAGAUGUCAAUACCUUAGUCGAAGACGGUACGAAAACAUUCAAGGUCGAUUCGUCGUCGCCUGCCACCGAUGUACCAAACACGGGGUCCGGGCAGAAGGAUACGACCCAGAGUGGGAAGUAUCAUCAAGCAGGUCCCGGUGAUCCUGAAUAUGAGUCGCUCAACCAGAGUCAACCGUACGACAAAUCGAGUCAGGCUUCCGACGCUGAGAAGCAUCGAUACGGCAACGUGCCUGAAUGGCGCGACGACAAGGGAAAGCGAGGUGCGCAGAGUGGGCCGUCGGAGGGCCCAGAAGGAGCAUCCGCUGGGGGAAGGAAACCCGAGGGCAAGGCGUAA